AUGGCUCCCGUCCCCCCGCCACCGGCCCUGCCCAGGAUCAUCACCUACUACCAAACCCACCACACCCCAGACGGCAAGCCCAUCUCGGCCCUCCCACUCGUGACGCAGCCGGGCAUCCGCCUGACCCACCUGAUCCUGGCCGCCAUCCACAUCAACGGCGACCCGGACGGCAUCACCCUCAACGACCACGCCCCCUCGCACCCGCGCUUCCACACCCUAUGGGCCGAGCUGCGCGUCCUGCAGGCCAGCGGCGUGCGCGUCCUGGGCAUGCUGGGCGGCGCCGCCAAGGGCACCUUCUCCGCCGACCGCCUGGGCAGCGACGACGACGCCGCCUUCGAGCGCUACUACCGCCCGCUGCGCGACCUCGUGCGCGCCCGCGGGCUGGACGGCCUCGACCUCGACGUCGAGGAGGAGAUGGGCCUCGGUGCGGCCGUCCGGCUGGUGGACCGCCUCAGGGCCGACUUUGGCCCGGACUUCAUCAUCACGUUUGCGCCCGUGGCGGCGGCGCUGCUGGAUAGCAGGAACAACCUCAGCGGGUUUGACUAUGAGGCCCUGGAGGUCAUGAGGAGCCGCGAGAUCGCGUGGUAUAAUUGCCAGUUUUACUGCGGCUGGGGCGACUGCUCCAACCCCAUCAUGUACGAGAUGCUGCUCAUGAAGGGCUGGGCCCCGGAGAAGGUCGUCGUCGGGCUCGUCACGAACCCGGACAACGGCGGCGGCUUCAUCCCCUUCGACAUCCUGGCCUCGGUCAUCCCGCUCAUGCUCGGCCAGCACGCCCGCUUCGGCGGCGUCAUGGGCUGGGAGUACUUCAACAGCCUGCCCGGCGGCCGCGACAGGCCGUGGGAGUGGGCGCAGUGGAUGACCCGCGUGCUGAGGGGGGACCGCGCCACGGCGCCCGAGGUUGUCAUGCCCGUCGGCAAGGUCGAGGCGCCGGGGCCGGCGGACGGGGCGCCUGGCGGUGGGGACGAGGUCGCGGAUCCUGACGACGGCAGGGGCAAGGAGGCGCCGCUCCCUGCUGCGUUUGAAUACUACUCGGACGGGUUGGUAGAUGAGUGA